AUGGGCCUGGCAAUUCAAGCUUCCACGCAGGACUGCACCGACUUCAACUUCAAGGUGCGUUUGCAGCAUGUGUGCUUCCGUGCAAACGCAGAGACUGCAAGAACUCAUGCGACUACAGAGACUGCAGUAACUACAGCUGCGAUGCAGAUCAAUGGCGCCGGCGGCCAGAAGGUUUGCGCUGUGGACCUGGCAGGCGAGAAGUCCGAAAUGCAUCAAACGAUAUUCGGGAUGCCCGCCGAAGCAUUCAAGUCCUUCGGUCUACAAAGGAUGUGGCUGUUUACGAGCCUGACCAACACAACCUUGCAACUCCAACUACUUUGCAGAGGUGUCAUCGGCUCCUUCAUGGGCGCUGGGCCGCUCCUUUGA